AUGGUGGGAGGAGGGAAUAGCAGGAGGGACGAGUCUUUGGUGAUUAACAGCACCAAUGUUUUUGCGGCGCUUGGGAGUUUGAAGAAGAAGAAGAAGAAGGGAGGAAGUGAAAAGGAACAUCAAGGCUCCUCUUCUAAGACCAAAGGGAAAAAGGGAGCGGAGAAGGAAGCGGAGAAGAAAGAGGUGUUCUGGGCGCCAUCACCUCUCAAGACGAAGUCUUGGGCUGACGUUGAUGACGAAGAUGAUGAUGAUUAUUAUGCCACCAUGGCGCCUCCUGAUUCUGCUUGGGACACUCAUAAAGAACCUGAGCCUGCUUUAGAGGAAAGUGAAAGUGAGGAAGAAGGCCCCGAUGAAGUUGAUGAUGAAGUUGAAGAGGAACAUGAAAUUGAAGCUGAGGCACAGAAGGAACUGAAGAAGAAGGGGCUUGAGGAACUGGAUGCUGUUCUUGCAGAGUUAGGAUUUACCAAACCAGAGUCAAGUGGCCCAAAUGACUCCCAUGGCAUUGCAGAGGGGAAAAAUUCAGACAGCAAUGGAGAAAUGGAAAAGAAAGAGAAUGCUCCUGCUGAGAGCAAAAGUGCCAAAAAGAAGAAAAAGAAGGAUAAAUCGACAAAGGAGGUGAAAGAAUUAUCGCAGGGCCAGCCUGAAGGCAUUGAUGCUGGAAAUGACACUGAAGAAACUGGUGAAACUGAGAAGCCAGAAGAGACAUCUGCAGUUGAUGUGAAAGAACGGCUGAAAAAAGUAGUUUCUAUGAAGAAGAAAAAAUCAGGUAAAGAGAUGGAUGCUGCUGCCCGAGCAGCUGCCAAUGAGGCUGCUGCAAGGAGUGCAAGGCUUGCUGCUGCUAAGAAAAAGGAGAAGAAUCACUACAAUCAGCAACCAGUGCGGUAAUCUGGGAAGAGCUUCGGGUUUUGCUUUUCAUUUUAAAUUCUCACAUAUGAACAUGUACCCUCUCCUGUUUCUUUUGUCAAUGCAAAAUAAACUUUAAGUAAAUGGUUUUUGUGAAUGUGACUUUUAGCAGGCCGCUUUUGUUCUCAGAGAAAAAUUCACUUGUUUUAA